AUGAAAGAACCCAUACUGGAGAGAAACCCUAUGAAUGUAAUCAGUGUGGUAAAGCCUUUGUAUCUCAGCGUAAUCUCCGAAAACAUAAAAACACCCAUACUGGAGAGAAACCCUAUGAAUGUAAUCAGUGUGGUAAAACGUUUGUAUAUCACAGUAGCCUCCAAACACAUGAAAGAACCCAUACUGGAGAGAAACCCUAUGAAUGUAAUCAGUGUGGUAAAGCCUUUUCAAGACCCAGUAGUUUCCGAAUACAUAAAAGAACCCAUACUGGAGAGAAACCCUAUGAAUGUAAUCAGUGUGAUAAAGCCUUUGCAUGUCGCAGUAGUUUCCAAAAACAUGAAAGAACCCAUACUGGAGAGAAGCCCUAUGAAUGUAAUCAAUGUGGUAAAGCCUUUGCACAGCACAUUUAUUUACGAAGUCAUGAAAGAACCCAUACUGGAGAGAAACCCUAUGAAUGUAAUCAGUGUGGUAAAGCCUUUGCAUGUAAGAGUAAUCUCCAAACACAUGAAAGAACCCAUACUGGAGAGAGACCCUAUGAAUGUAAUCAGUGUGGUAAAACAUUUGUAUAUCACAGUAGCCUCCAAACACAUGAAAGAACCCAUACUGGAGAGAAACCCUAUGAAUGUAAUCAGUGUGGUAAAGCCUUUUCAAGACCCAGUAGUCUCCGAAUACAUAAAAGAACACAUACUGGAGAGAAACCCUAUGAAUGCAAUCAGUGUGGUAAAGCUUUUGCAUGUCACAAAAGUCUCCAAAGUCAUGAAAGAACCCAUACUGGAGAGAAACCUUAUGAAUGCAAUCAGUGUGGUAAAGCCUUUGUAUGUCGCAAAAGUCUCCAAACACAUGAAAGAACCCAUACUGGAGAGAAACCCUAUGAAUGUAAUCAGUGUGGUAAAGCCUUUGUAUCUCAGAGUAAUCUCCGAAGACAUAAAAACACCCAUACUGGAGAGAAACCCUAUGAAUGUAAUUAGUGUGGUAAAGCCUUCGCACGACACAGUCAUCUUCAACAUUAUGAAAGAACCCAUACUGGACAGAAACCCAAUGAAUGUAAUCAGUAUGGUAAAGCCUUUGUAUGUCACAGUAGUCUCCAAGCACAUGAAAAAAAACAUGCUGGAGAGAAACCCUAUGAAUAUAAUCAAUGUGAUAAAGCCUUUGAAUGUCACAAUAUUCUCUAAAAUCAUAAAAGAACCCAUGGAGAGAGAGGAACAUUAUGUAUGUAAUUAUUGUGGUAAAGGGUUUGUUUAUCAUAGUUAUCUUUAAAGUCAUGAACUAACAUAUGCUGGACAGAAACCUUAUGCUUGUAAUGAGUGUGGUGAAGCCUUUGCAAUUCACAGUACUCUUCAAAUCCAUAAAAGAUCACACAUGGGAGACAAACUCUAUGAAUGUAAUCAGUGUGGUAAAGCAUUUACAUGUAUGAAUAAUCUAAAUCCUGAGAAAAAAUCAUACUGCAGAGGAAACUUAUAAAUGUAUUCAAUGUGAUAAAGUUUUGAGUUUUGUACCUUAUAUAGGAGUAAAACUUUUUUUGUUUGUUUUUUGAGACAGGAUUUCUCUGUGUCUUUGGAGCCUGUCCUUGAACUAGGUUUUGUAGACCAGGCUGGUCCUGAAUUCAGAGAUCCCCCUGCCUCUGCCUCCCAAGUGCUGGGAAUAAAAGCAUACACCACCACCACCUGGUGUGACGAGUAAAACUUUUUGUGUGCAACAUUCUAUUAAAAUCUUUGUAUAUUACAUUAGACAUUGACUACCUGAAAAAGAUACUGAGGACUUCUUAUUAUAAAAUAUUUGGUAAGAUCUUUAGCCAAAAGAUGCAUAAUCAGCUACACAAUGAUUUGGGAUUCCCCUCUGUAUGCUGUGAAUGUAUUUUGUUACCAUUGUUUAAUAAAGAAGAUGCUUUGGUCCUAUGGCAGGCCAGAAUAGAGAAAGGCAGGAAUUCCAAGCAGAGAUGGAGGAGAAAGUAGGGUCAGACUCCAUGUAUUUGCUGAAGAAGACAGAUGUCUUGGAACCUUACUGGUAAACCACAAGUCUUGUGGUAAAAUACAAAAUAAUAGGAAUGGGUUAAUUUAAGAUGCCAGAGUUAGUUAAUAAGAAUCCUGAGCCAACAGGCCAAGCAGUUUAUUAAUGAAUAUAGUUUCUGUGUGAUUAUUUCGGGUCUAGGCAGCCAGGAAUGAACAAGAAUCCUGUGCCUACAACACAAGACUAUUUCUUCUCUAGAAAUCAAUUUGACAGUGUUAACAAUCUUUUCAAGCAUUAUGAUGUCCUUUUUAUACUGUUUGUACUUACAAACUCAUGUUCUUUAAGAGUUCCAAAUAUUUAACUAUGGGGACAGGAAGAAGCAUGGAACAUCAAGAUCUGUAUAUAUCCUAAUAUACACAAACACACAAAUAAAUAUGUAACAUAUGGAUAUUUAUAAUGUGUUUGUCUCCAAUGUGGUAAAUAGGCAUCUAUUGGAACCUGUAAGCUCACAUGUC